GCUUUUGUCUCACCUGUGGUGUCCCUCCCUUCCCCUCCCCCCCCCUUCCUUUGUUUUUUCUCCCCCCUUUCUUCACUCGGUCUCCGCUGUUCCGUCCCCGCAGCGAUGUCGGCCUCAGGAUCCGGUGGUGAUGCGCCUCUCAGUGCCACCAAGAAGGCAUUCCCUCGCGUCGACCUCGAGGGCCACGAUCUUCCCCCAUCCCCUACCCCUUCCAGCCCCCAUGCUGGCCGGCGCUACAACAUUGCUACGGAGCUGGUUUACACCGAGGGCAGUGACCAGUACAACGCCAGCAGCGUUCCCAUCUACCAGAGCGCUACAUUCAAACAGACCUCGGGCGGCGGUGGCGGCGAAUAUGACUACACCCGCUCCGGCAACCCCACCCGGACGCACCUGGAGCGACACCUCGCCAAGAUCAUGUCGGCACAGCGGGCGCUGGUGGUGUCCUCGGGCAUGGCCGCGCUGGACGUGAUCACCCGCAUGCUGCGUCCCGGAGACGAGGUGGUGACCGGCGACGACCUGUACGGCGGCACGAACCGCCUGCUGAAGUAUCUGUCGACCAACGGCGGCAUCAUCGUCCACCACGUGGACACCACGGCGCCCGAGAAAGUGCGCGAGGUUCUGACCCCGAAGACGGCGAUGGUUCUGCUGGAGACCCCUACCAACCCGCUCAUCAAGAUCGUGGACAUCCCCACGAUCGCCGCGGCCGCGCACGAGGCCAACCCCAGCUGCGUGGUCUCGGUCGACAACACCAUGAUGUCUCCCCUCCUGCUCAACCCGCUCGACCUGGGUGCUGAUAUCGUGUACGAGAGCGGCACGAAGUACCUGUCGGGCCACCACGAUCUGAUGGCGGGUGUGAUCGCGGUCAACGACGUGGGUCUCGGCGAGAAGCUGUACUUCACGAUCAACUCGUCCGGGUGCGGCCUGUCGCCGUUUGACUCGUGGCUGCUGAUGCGGGGAGUGAAGACCCUCAAGGUGCGCAUGGACCAGCAGCAGACCAAUGCCCAGCGCAUUGCGGACUUCCUGGAGACGCACGGCUUCAAGGUGCGGUACCCAGGGCUGCGGUCGCACCCGCAGUACGAGCUGCACCACUCGAUGGCGCGGGGCUCGGGGCGCGAGCGGAUCGUGGAGAGCGCGAAGCUGUGGGCGAUCAGCGUCAGUUUCGGCUGUGUCAACAGCCUGAUCAGCAUGCCGUGCCGGAUGAGCCACGCCAGUAUCGACGCGAAGACGCGGGCGGAGCGGGCGAUGCCCGAGGACCUGAUCCGGCUGUGUGUCGGAAUUGAGGAUGUCGAUGACCUGAUCGACGAUUUGCAGCGGGCGCUGGUGCAAUCCGGGGCUGUGAAGGUCACGCUGGACGACUUCCAGGCGAACCCGUCCAACUGAAUUGACUGAUUGGGGGGUGGGGGUUAUUGCGUGAUUGGGUCAUGAUUUGAGACGACGGCGUUUGGAGCAUGUGUGUGUAUUGUGUAAAAGGUUGAAUCUAGAGCAUCCUG